AUGUUCAGGCAACGAAUAGAAGGAAAUUCCAGCAGGAUCACUCCCAGAACUACCAUGAUUGCCACAAUCCUCUUCGUGGCGUUUGAGUUCCUCCAAGGGAACGUACAAGCGGCAGACAGCCUCAUAACGAGCGGCCUCCUACUCCUCAAGGACUCCGUCUCCAUAAUACAAGGGGCCAAGCGUCGACGGCGCCCCAAGACGCUGACGAAGAUGGAGAAGCUCCAGCGGACGUUCGACGAUGGCAUGGACGAGCUCGAGUACCUGCUCCCCCGGCUGUCGGCCGUGACGGGGUUCAGCGCGUUCUGUAUCCCGCAGCACGACCCGGCUAGGGAAUUACUCCCAUCCAUCCUCGCGCCUGGUGCCCGGUCCGACUUCCCGGAGCUUGGCUUCACGACCUUUGAGCGGGCCACGCAGAUGUGGAGCGAGUUCGAGCCUCGUGGCCUCAUGUUCGUGGCGCGCCAUCUCUCGAUGACGCUGAGAAAUAUUCCAUUCGACAUGGCUCAAGCGCAGCGUGAGCAGGCCGAGUUUAUCAUUCUCCUAUACCAAUGGCGGGACUUAUUCGAGGGGUAUGUCCGCACUUUCGCAGAGCAGAGCAGCGCCGGUCUGGCAGGCGUAGGCGUCGAUACUUUGAAACAGUGUAUUAUCUCGGGCAACGAGCAGAUGCGGGAGCUGCGCAUGCUGCAGAUCCACUGCCUCUUACAGAUCAUCUUCAUGUCGUGCUGUCUCGACCACACCGGAUUAGCCUUCGACGGCUUCAUGGCCGAGUACCGCGAGCUACUGGACCGUUGCCGCUCGUUCCUGGCGGAGCAGCCCAACAACGUGGGCUUCACGCUCGACUACGGCGUGAUCCCGACGCUGGCGUUCAUCAUCAGCACGUGCCGCUCGCACGAUCUGCGGAUGGAGGCGUACGCACUGUGCCAGAGCGUCGAGUGGCGCGAGGGCGCCUGGGACGCCAAGGUCGAGGCGGUGGGCAAGAUGGGCCAGAUAGCGCUCGAGGAGAGCGGGAUGGACGCCAGCGGGUUCAUACCGCCGGACUCGAGAUACCACUGGACGAUGGGGACGUGGGAUAUGGCGCAGCAGAAGCUGGUUGCCGAGUACACGAGGUUUACGCCGGAUGAGUUUGGGCUGCCGGUGCAGGUCAAGGUGGCGCUGGAUGUGAUAUGA